GCGGGGUUUGGCGUCUUACAAGUUCUUUCUUCCCCGGGGUAAACUCCACGGCUGAGAAAUUGGUUCCGAACCCAGCCGAACCCCCAGUUGGACGGCGCUGGGUCACGUGGCCGGAGCCCCCAUGACGUUCAGGCUGCGGGGUGUCACCGUGACAUUCCUGCGACCGGCCGAGUGGACCCACUAUCUCCACCACCUGUGCAGGCACAGCGCCGUCAUGGACCUGGGACCCAUGCGCAAGAGUUACCGCGGGGACCGAGAGACAUUUGAAGAGGCUCAGCUGACCUCUCUGGACCCCAUGGAGCAGUUUGCAGCCUGGUUCAAGGAGGCUGCUCAAUGUCCUGACAUACAAGAAGCCAAUGCCAUGUGUCUAGCUAGCUGUACAAGAGACGGGAAGCCCUCUGCCCGCAUGCUGCUGCUGAAGGGCUUCGGCAAGGAUGGCUUCCGAUUCUUCACUAACUUCGAGAGUCGAAAGGGAAAAGAGCUGGACUCAAAUCCAUUUGCUUCGCUUGUCUUCUACUGGGAACCCCUAAACCGUCAGGUGCGUGUGGAGGGCUCUGUGAAGAAGCUGCCUGAGGAGGAGGCCAAGAGCUACUUCCACUCUCGCCCCAAAAGCAGCCAGAUUGGGGCUGUGGUCAGUCGCCAGAGCUCUGUGAUCCCUGAUCGGGAGUAUCUGAGAAAGAAAAAUCAGGAACUGGAGCAGCUCUACCAGGAUCAAGAGAUACCAAAGCCAAGUUACUGGGGCGGCUAUGUCCUAUACCCACAGGUGAUAGAGUUCUGGCAAGGUCAAACCAACCGACUACAUGACCGGAUUGUCUUUCGGAGGGGUCUGGUGACAGGAGACUCCGCCAUGGAGCCCAUGACCCACCGAGGGAAAGAAGACUGGUUCUAUGAGAGACUUGCCCCCUGACUCCCCACCUGCUGGGACAGGCUGCUGAGAGAGGGUGUAGGACCCAUACCAGACCCUUUUCACAUAUUUCCCUCCUCACUCUAUGCGUAGGGAUCCUCAAAAAUCCAUUCUCCCGAUUCCCUGGACUCAGUGGGCUCACAAUUAAUCUGGCCAGUGGAGUUUAACAACAACAUAGUGAAGCACAAGUGGAAACUAUUCCCAUCAUUUAUUUUGACCUUGACUAUAAUUUCUCAGAACAGCGCCCUCUAGGGGGUGGCAGCUGGUGAUGCUCUCUUCUGGUGACUGGGUGAGCCCCCAACCCCCCAACCCUCCUGUGUACUACCUACCCUGUGACAUGUGACUUGAGUCAUACUGGCCAAAGCCAGUUGGUUUCAGCAUAAGCACCUGAGACAAUCAAGCCAAUGUAUUUAUUUUUGUCAACAAUUUGAUAUUUGAAAGAGAGACCUAAGGGGCCAGGCAGUGGCGCACCUGGUUAAGUGCACACAUUACAGUAUGCAAGGACACAGGUUCAAGCCCCUGGUCCCCACCUGCAGAAGGAAAGCUUCACAAAUGGUGAAGCAGGGCUGCAGGUGUCUCUCUAUCUCCCCUCCCCUCUCAAUCUCUCUCUGUCUUUAUUCUAGUCAUAGCUGCCUUCCAUUAUUUGAAAUAUAGCAAUGUGGAAAAGAAAUUAAAUUUAUUCCCUGUAGAUCCAAAGAACCCAUAGAUUUCUUAUUUUACUAUUCAAAAUAUCUUGUCUUAUUUAUUUUUAAGAGAGAGAAGGAAAGAGAGAGAGAGAGAGACUCGUGGUAGUGCUGGGAAUUGAACCUGGGAUCUCUGAGCUGCAGGCACGAAAGUCUUAUACAUAGCCUUUAUGCUGUCUCUCCAGCCCCUCAGAGGUAAAUUUCAUUUUAACGCAGGGGAAAGAUGUCAGAUAAUCAGGGCUCCUCACCAGGGAGCAGCCUAUCUGUCACAUAGUGAAUAUUCUGUCAUUGGAAGUACUCAAACCUAGGAAUUCUGUAGAAUUCAUGAACAUGUGUCUACAGGCCAGACAGUUAUUAUUUGUGUCACCACUAUGACUUAUUCCUCUGAGCUGACUUUUUCAGAUAAAAAGAGACAGACUUGUAUGCCAUGGUAGAUGGACACAAGCCUGAGUUUCAUGCAUGGCAAAGUAGGUGCAUUAUCUGUGUGAACUAAUUUGCCAGCCAGCCCUCAGGCUAAAAAGAUUUUAAUCAGAUUUUACUUUACAUGCGUGCAUAUGUGGUGUGUGUGUGUGUGUGUGUGUGUGUGUCUGUGUGUGUCUGUGUCUGUGUGUGUGUGUGUCUUUGUGUGUCUAUGUGUGUCUGUGUGUGUGUGUGCCACUUGCUGAAUAUAAAAUUGGAUUACAGAGAUGGAGCCUUCCUCAAUACUUACAAGGAUCCCUCCCCUACAUCCCACCUUUAUUAAUCAUGACUCCCAGAUCACUUUUCUCACCCACUCUGGAGUUGCCCAGGGAGCUUUCAGAUUCCUUCUAUCUCAGAAGAUUUUAUCCAUCUGAGUAUGGCCUAGGCUUUGGGACAUUUUAAAGCUCCUCAGGGAAUCCUGUGUAGCCAGAGCUGACCCCUGCCUGGUCUAGGUCAUUACUACUUGUGUGUCCCUCAGACCAUCAGUAUCAGCAUUGCAUGUGGUGGUGGUGGGGUCCCACUCCUUAUGCCCCAGACCCCUGACUCCCUCACUGCAUCUAACCAGACAACCAGAUUUACAUUGGGGCUCUUUAAUGACCCUCAACUGAGACUGUUUGCUUUCCUGGAGCAAAAGUCUGAUGACCAGGGUCAGCCUUGAUUGAUGGCCUUACAGACUGCAGUGAGGAGCCAGGCUUGGUAAAUGUUUGCUGUGAGUAAGCCAGGACCAGAGAGCUGACUAUUAUUGUGCUGGUUGGCAUUGAACUUAUAACUGUAAACUGGGCUUCAUUCCAUGGGUGUGUACUUCAGCAGCUAUUAUAGACAGGCUCCCACAAGAGCAGUCCUCUUGGUGUUAAAUCCCCCUUUAAGCCUGAGUGCAUGUUACCCCUAUGGCCACCUUUCCUACCUAGUCCUGUUUGUAUUCUUGGGGGCUGUGUACCCCCAGUUUUAAGCCUUUCCUCUUUGUCUCUCAAUCAUUGUGCCAAGUCUGUAAUAAAAGCCUGUUAGUCCGUG